UAACACAAUCGCAUCGCGGUCAAAGGCAACUCGACAAUCACAAAGCAGUCGCUAAGAUGGCGGUGCAACGCAAUUGUCUCGCGCUUUUGUUUUCGUCGAUUUUGGCCGUUUGUUUGGCGCAAACCGCUAGCAACGAGUGCUCCAAGAGCUACCUGGAUAACGCGCUGAAAUCCACCAGGGUUACCAAUGGAAACACCACUUUAUGGUCUAGGUUAUCGGAGAGGGAGCCGCCGGAGACUUUGACCACUUUCGAGGUGCAAAAACAUCAGUACGUAUUGCAAAUCUGCAGGUGGUCUUUGCCCAUCAGGAAGCAAGAAUACGUAUUGGCCAAUAUAGGCUUGAUGUACUUGGAAAAAGAGGCUUUCCCAACAAACAACGCGACCUAUGUGGUCGACCUGCACAAAAAUUACCUCGAAUCUGUGAGAUACGGAGUAUUCAGCAAUACAGGAAUCUUGGCGUUAAAUCUAAGCCACAACCAGAUCGAAUACGUCGAAGAAACUGCCUUUAACAACAUGAAAUACUUGGAAAUUCUCGAUUUAAACCACAACAGACUUCGCAACUGGAACCCCAACUUUUUCACAAACACCUACAACCUACGUCACGUCUACGUGAGCAACAAUCACAUCAGCUACCUGCCGGAGUACAUCCUUAAAAACUACAAAUGCGGUUACCUGAAUAAUCCCACCUUUAAGCUCAACUUGGGGGAAAUCCUGGCUUACAUAGCGCACGAAGGGUAUUGCUCCCUGAAUUUUUCCAGAAACAGAAUCACCCACAUUCACCCCAUGGCAUUCGCUAACAGAACGAAAUUUGGAAGCAUUGAUUUGAGUGGCAAUAAAAUCACAGAGGUGCCUCCAGUUUGGUUGGAAGAUUUUAAAAUGGUCACUUUCAACUUGAGCAAUAACAGAAUCAAGGAGAUUUCGAUUCCUACGAUGAAGAAAUUGAGUGCUUGCAUUCUUUGUGCCAUACAUGUGGUUUGAAGAUAGAAUUACUAGUUACACAAGAUAUAACCAUAAUUUAUAUAUAUAAGGUGCGUUUUAAAGUAAAAAUUAUUUUGGCAAACCUCUUUAUAUAUUUAUUUAAUUUAAAAUCAUCUCAUUGAAACUCGAUUUAGAUUCGCAAGGUAAAAAGCAUUUUGAAUAGGUUUUGGGUCGUCUAGGUCACAAAAAGUUGAAAUGUUUUAUAUUAAGCCACCACUGAACUUUAAGGGCCGUAUGCAGAAACGUUGAUUUAUUUAUAUCAACUGAUUUAGCAUAUCAGUGGAUUUAGGUUUUUGCACGACAUGGCAACGCAGUAAUUUUCUUUAAAAACUGUUAUUUUAUUAAAUAAAUUGGGAAAUUAUCUUUAAAACGUUUUUAUUAUUCCUAAAGAGUUGAUUUCUAAACAUUGACAUUUUAAAUUAGAUAUAAAACAAUCAAGAUAUAUUAGACAUUUGUGACAUUUUUUUUUAACCAUAGAAAAUAAUUUUUCUAAUAUAAGUCAUGGUUUACUAGAUUUGUUUUUUGGCCAAUAAAAUCAUCUAAAAUGUAAAUCGGUUGAUAUAAUUUAUAUCAGUCCUUAACGACUGAUUUAAAAUAUUUAUAAAAUAGACUGCAUUUUUGUUUUUAAAUAUAUGAAAAAAAUAAAUCCAGAAAGUAAACAUACAAAAAAUUAAGGAAUACAUUUUUUUAAGAUAAAAUUACUACUAUGCU